AUGGCUGUCCUGCUCGAGGUGCAGCUGCCUCUGGAACCCCCACCAGAGCACAGACAGUUUCUGCUUCUCUCUGGACAAGAGCCUGUGGACACGCUGGAGGCGUUUCGAGUGCGUCACGACCAGACACACAAGUGGAGAUACAACAUGCUGGUACAGAUCUGCCAGCGACCUCGAGUAGUUUGUCGUCGUGAAAUACCUAUGCUUUACUCGACACAGAUCCAGGCUCCAGGGGGCGGAGUCUUGGGAGAACUGCAGAUCAUGGAGGGCGUCGAGCCAGCAGACGCUGUGCUUAGCUUUGCCUUGCAGCAUGAUAUUGGACGUGAAGGGAGAGCGACGAUACUGAAUGCAGUGUGUGCUGCCUCUCGUGUAGUGUGCACAAGAAGCAAAGCGCUGAUGCACUCGAAGACUGUCGCUGGAGACGGAGGCUCUCAGAUCGGUAAACUUGAAAUCUAUGACGAUGUUGAACCGGUAGAUCAGAUUUACAAAUUCGUCAAGGACCACAAGUUGCCAAUGCCUGCGCUGGAGCAGCUGCUUGAUGUGAUCUGCUCGGCUAUUGGCAGUACUCAAUGCUUGCGAAACGUUCCAUUGGUCUACUCGCAGCGUAUUGUAGUGGAAGAUGACGAGACUGGCGAACCUCGUCAACUUGGUGCUCUACAAAUUCCGUUAGGGCAGGAGCCAGCUGAUACAGUGUACAAGUUUGGAUUGCAUUUUGGACUAGCACAACCAUUCCGACAGAAUCUGGUGAGGCAGGUUUGUGAUGACAAGUACGUGAUUUGUAAGCGACUCCAACCGAUAGUUUUCGCUUCUCCUAUCAAAGUUGAAAAUGAUACAAUUGUCGGUGUAUUAUCGAUUCGAGAGGAUGAAGAACUUGCGGAUGCGGUGCACAGAUUUUCUCGUCAAACCAACAUCACUCGCGACCUACAAGUUUCGUUGUUCCAAGCACUUUGUGGUACUCGAGAAGGAGUUCUAUGCACUCGAGGCCAAGCACUGCUUCGAUCUACGCCAGUGAGUGAUGGUAGUGGCCAGAUACUAGGGUACCUGAAGAUCUACGAAGGGCAGGAGCCAGCCGACGUAGUCUAUCAAUUUGCGGAUCAACACAAUAUAGCACCCGGCGACCGCGAGGUACUGCUCGAUAGUUUGUGCAAUCCUUCAAAGUUAACACCCGGUCAAGAAGAGGACGAUGAAGACGAAGCUGAGCCUCUCGUUUGCUCACGAUACGCACCAGUUGUGUUUAGAGUACCUGUCGCCGCCCAGAAUGGGUCGCAACUCGGAGUCCUAGAGGUACUUGCCAACGAAGAGCCUGCAGAUGCCGUUGCCAGGUUCGGAAACAAGCAUGAACUCGGUCCGGAAGAGAAAAAGAGCAUCGUGAAUGGUGUGUGCCAGGCAAGUGGACUCGAAUGUACUCGAGAAGUCGGGAUUCUCUACGAAGCUGUCUACACGCUUCCUGAUGGUCGUCGUGAGCGAUUGCCGCUCUUCGACGGACAAGAUUCCACCGAUGUAAUCUACGAAUAUGGCCUGAUGCGUAACUUGACGCUGCGUCAGCGACAGAAGUUCCUCAUCGAUGUGUGCAACGAACAGCGAAAGCGUCCGAAUUGUACACGUGCUGAACCAAUGCUGAUCGAUUUUCCAGUCUGGGAGUCUGCUAGCACCAAACUUGGGGACGUCCAAAUAUUAGAAGGCCAAGAACCAGUUGACGUCGUGUACGCAUUCAUGGAAAAGCACGAUCUAUUCCAAACAGCACCUUUAAAUACGACCCUGAUUGAGAUUGUAUGCAACAGUACUCGAGUCGAAUGUAGCCGCAUGCAGCCGAGACGUACGCUGUUUUCCGUCCAAGCUACGUACGCUGGUUUAUCGCACACAUUAGAGUAUGUGCGUCCCGAGUCGGACUGGAUCUGUGAGAUAGAACCCCACGGUGGCCAACGUUGUGUCCACUAUGUCGAAAUUCUUGCGAAGAAAUUUUGUGAGCGGCAUAUGUACGACUGGGGUGCGUGUGAGGCACGUAUACUCGAGGCGUUGCGACAGCAGCUUGAGUUCUACGAGAUUCGCAUGUGGAAAGCUAAAGACAUGUAUGCAAAACUGGGAUUGGUAAAAACUGCAAGCCGCGAACAGAUCGACGCAGCAUACAACACAUUGGUGAAGCGCUUCAACAAUGAGACCGAGCCGUACAAGUACGAGAAGCUUAAAGAGGCUUAUCGCGUGUUGAGUGACCCGGAGGAAAAGUAUUAUUACGACUUGCCAUGCGUCAAACUUUUCGGAUGUUUGUGUGGCAAGCGUCAGAAGGACGGUGGAAUCACCUUCACACCAGACUAA